GGAGUAGCAGGAGCUGCUAGGGCGAGGCAUUUUGACAUCAGUUCCUCUGCCUGGAAGGGAAAAGAGUUUUCUCCCCCUAAAAGCCGCAAGUCGAAAGCGCGAGCCCCGGGCGGCUGCCCAGGGGCAGAAGAUGGAUAGCCGGCGCCAGUCGUAAGAGACUCGCUGCGGCCACCGCCGGGUUGGAAGCGGAACUCGCGGCCAGGACCGCAGCGUUUCUCCUUCUGGAAGCAGAACAGACCCGGAUACUGGCGGCGGCGGCGGCGGCGGCGGCGGCCACUCCAGACCCGCCGCUGUCCCGCCCAGCAUGAGCAGCGGCGGCGGGCGCACAAGCGCCCGCGUGGCUGUGAAGAUGGAGGUAGUCCCUUUCUACAGCGAAGAAGGGUUGGAGCUGCUCCCGGACUUCGUGCAGCUGCCGGGCUUCGGUGGCGGGCCUGGGGCGGGCGGACCGACGGGGCUCGAACCGCCCGAGGAAAGCGGGGCGGUUCAACAACGCAAGUUGCUCCUCGCCGGCAAGCCGCCGCCGCCGCCGCCGCCUCGAGACUUGGGGGCGGCCUCCCCGGGUAAUGCCACCUUGCCACCGGCGGGGCCGUUCUCCUUGCGCCCCCGCGGCGGCACCAGCAGCGCCGUGCACCGCCUCAUUCAGGAGACGCCCGUCGGCGGCGGCCCAGAGGUGGGCCCAGUCGUGCUGCAACCUUUGCUGAAGCUGCCGGCGGCCGCCGACUUGGAGCAACUGCUGAUCCAAGCGGGAAGCCCGGGCCUCGCCGGGCCCUCCAGCCCCACCAGCGGAGGGCCCUCGGUGGCGGCGGCCCCCGGGGCCCCCUUCUUGUACCGGUCUCCGCAGUCCUCGGCUCAGCCGCAGGCGGUGACGCAGGAGCAGGAGGGAUUCGCCGACGGCUUCGUUAAAGCUCUGGCCGACUUGCACAAGCAGAACCAGCUGCUCGGGUUGCCCCCGGCGCCGCUCUCGCCUACCCAGCACCCGGGAGGGCCGUGCUGCCCAACGUCCAGGCAGGAUCCCCCCGCCGUCUACACCACCUUAGGCAACUUCAACCCGGCCAGCCCAUCGGCCGGCGGCACUUUCUUCUCUCCGCCGGCGGUGGCUCGCCUGCCCGCGCCCGGCUCGACCGGCCGGGCUUUGGAGGAGCCGCAGACUGUGCCGGAAGCGCCGGUAGUGUCAGCUGUUCCGCCGCCACCUCCUUCGGGGCUUUCGUCUGGUGAGUCCCCUCCGCCGCCUUCCUCCUUGUCGCCACUGGACGCCGAGAGCCAAGAGCGCCUGAAAGCUGAGCGCAAAAGACUGCGCAACCGCAUCGCCGCUUCCAAAUGCCGUCGGCGUAAGCUGGAGCGCAUCGCCCGUUUGGAGGAGAAAGUGAAGGCGCUCAAAGGCCAAAACGCCGAGCUGGCCGCCACCGCCAGCCUCCUCCGCGCCCAGGUCACCCAGCUGCAAGGUCGAGUCCGGAGCCAUCUCUCCAGUGGAUGUCACAUCAACGCCGCCGCGGCAGCCCCCGCGCAGACCUUGGCAGUGGGUAGUCAGCCCCCCGGCAGGGAGGCACCCACAGAGCCGGAAACCAGCGCUUGCUGAAGCCGUGUGACCCCAAACAAGGAGAGACCCAUCGUGCACCCAACUUUGCCACGCACGGCAGAAAGGGGAUUAGACCUUGAUCGUGGUCUUGGAAGGGCCCUGGGAGCGCCGCCUUCAGUUCCAUACCCUUUGGCUUCUGCAGAGUUCCUCGUUCAUCUGAAAAGCUGAAGUAGAUGGGGAAAGAUUCCUCUUCUGCAAGACGGUGCAGGUAUCUUCCCAGUUUCUGAUGGACGUCGGGAGAGCCAGAGAAAAACUUGGUGUAAUGGGGGAGAGAGAAACGUGCCGGGAACAACAUCCUAUGGAACAGUCAGACUUUGCAGUGUUAGCCUUUCUAGAAACAACUUCUUAAAAAUAACAUCAGUCAACCUUAACCAAAGGUUGGCAAUUCAAGCAUCUCCAACAACCAGCAGGUUUCCUGCCAGCCACCUGAGUAAUGAAAGUAAUACUGAAAUUGUUAAUAACCAACCGGAGGUAAUUUUAUUGGGUUCUUUUCAGGAGCUCCAAGCAAAGGCAGAAAUGUUUAGAGGGAAAGGGUUAAGCUGCUCCAGCUGAUGCCACUCUGACCACCUUCAGCACUGGGAAGAAGUCUGGGGUUGCAUUCUUUCUUGAUCUUCAGAAAGCUCCCGCGUAUUUGCGUAUUUUGCUAGCUUUCCUUCCCUGCUUAAAAGGAAAAAGCAGAGCUUUGCUGACUAGGCAUAAAAGUGUGUCUUGUUGCUGGAAAUCCAAAGGUCUCUUCAAAGAUCAUGCCUGUGGACAAAAGUUAUCUUUGUGGAAGACUUUUAUAUGUUUUAGAGAUUCUUGAAUUUUAUUUUUAUUCUGUGGUUGAAGGUCAUUGAGUUUAAUCUGUAUAGGAUUUCUGCAAAAAAAAAAAAAGUUACCAGGGACAGUUGAAGAAACUCCAGUAUGUUUUGCUGCAGGUGUAUUUACAGCUUUCUAAUAAACAGUGUAGGUUUUCUAAGAUGGAAUAUUAAGGGAAUGGUAAUGUGUUUGCAUAUCACGCAUAUUACUAGCCAUUUCAGUAGAUAAACCAUAUUUUUAGAGAUAGCAGCUCUAGAGUUUGCCAGUGAAUAGAGUUGUGAAAUGUUUUUCAAGAUUUAGAAGGAUUGUGCAAAAUUAAGUCAAUUUUGUGUACAGAUUAUUUGUUAUUUUCUUGCUGUAGAGGCUUUCUAAAGCUGCUCAAAGCUUGAGAGACACUAAAUGUAUAUGUUUAGGAGGAGAACUACGGAGCGUGUGGCUGGGUAAUUUUUCUUGAUAUACAAUAGAAAGCAGUCACAUAAUUUGUUGCUAUGAAGAUGUUGCCAUUCAAGCUAAUUUCAGAUUUCUGAUGUUGGAGAUUUAGCCUACUAUGCCUCAUAAGAUAUUUAUUUAAAAAGCAGAUUUUAAGAAAAUGCUUUUCACCCCUAGAUCUAUGAGCCCUAUAUUAAUUCUUGUGCCAGCACAAAGUUGGGGUAUGGGUGCACUUAUUUAUUAAAACUAUAGGAUGUCUGUUUAUUUUUAUAACAUGCAAGGGGAUAAAAGAAAUCUUUUUAACAAAAAGCUAUCAAAUGUUUUAUCUUUCACAGUAUACAUUCCAGCUGUAAUUGCUCUCAGUAUGACACAAUUACAGUGCUAUACAGAGAAAAAUUGGAUUUUUUUAAAAAAACAAAAAGAUAAAACUGUUAAUUCAAUUAUGUUUUGAAUAACUCAUAGAAACAAUUCAUAGAAAUGUAGAUAGCCAUAUAUUUUUAGAAGAAUUAUGUAUAAGCUAUUUUAUUUUGUCCUUACUGUAAAAA